UCCUCCAGCUCGGAGCCGCGGGUAGCGCCAUGGAGAAGAGCAGCGAGACCAACGGCUACCUAGACAGCGCCCAGGCGGGGCCUGCAGCGGGGCCUGGCGCGCCGGGGAGCACGGCCCGACGCGCGCGGCGCUGCGCUGGCUUCCUACGGCGCCACGCGCUGGUGCUGCUCACAGUGUCCGGAGUGGUGGCGGGCGCCGGCCUGGGCGCGGCGCUGCGUGGGCUCAAGCUGAACCGCACACAGGUCACCUACCUGGCCUUUCCUGGAGAGAUGCUGCUCCGCAUGCUGCGCAUGAUCAUCCUGCCGCUGGUGGUCUGCAGCCUGGUAUCGGGCGCCGCCUCCCUUGACGCCAGCUCUCUCGGGCGCCUGGGCGGCAUCGCCAUAGCCUACUUCGGCCUCACCACGCUAGGCGCCUCGGCUCUCGCAGUCGCUUUGGCGUUCAUCAUCAAGCCUGGAUCUGGCGCGCAGACCCUUCAGUCCAGCGACCUGGGUCUGGAGGAGACGGGGCCCCCACCGGUCCCCAAAGAGACAGUGGACUCAUUCCUCGACCUGGCCAGAAACCUGUUUCCCUCAAAUCUUGUGGUUGCAGCUUUCCGUACGUAUGCAACCGACUAUAGAGAGGUGACCCACAACACGAGCACUGGAAACAUAACCCGUGAAAAGAUCCCCAUUGGCACCGAAAUUGAAGGUAUGAACAUUUUAGGAUUGGUCCUUUUUGCCCUGGUGUUAGGAGUGGCCCUGAAGAAACUCGGCUCUGAAGGAGAAGAGCUCAUUCGUUUUUUCAAUGCCCUCAAUGAGGCGACGAUGGUGCUGGUGUCAUGGAUUAUGUGGUACGUACCUGUGGGCAUCAUGUUCCUGGUUGGAAGCAAGAUUGUGGAAAUGAAGGACAUCGUCGUGCUGGUGACCAGCCUGGGGAAAUAUAUCUUCACAUCUAUAUUGGGCCAUUUUAUUCACGGAGGAAUUGUUCUGCCACUUAUUUAUUUUGUCUUCACGAGAAAAAACCCAUUCAGGUUCCUCCUGGGCCUCCUCACACCAUUUGCAACAGCAUUUGCCACCUGCUCCAGCUCUGCAACCCUCCCCUCUAUGAUGAAGUGCAUUGAAGAAAACAAUGGUGUAGACAAGAGGAUCGGCAGGUUCAUCCUCCCCAUCGGGGCCACUGUGAACAUGGACGGGGCAGCCAUCUUCCAGUGUGUGGCCGCAGUGUUCAUUGCCCAGCUCAACAACGUGGAACUGAAAGCAGGCCAGAUUUUCACCAUUCUAGUGACAGCCACAGCGUCCAGUGUUGGAGCAGCAGGCGUGCCAGCUGGAGGGGUCCUCACCAUCGCCAUUAUCCUGGAGGCCAUUGGGCUGCCCACUCAUGACCUCUCUCUGAUCCUGGCUGUGGACUGGAUUGUGGACCGCACCACCACCGUGGUGAACGUGGAGGGCGAUGCCCUGGGUGCAGGCAUCCUCCACCACCUGAAUCAGAAGGCGACGAAGAGAGGCGAGCAGGAGCUGAGGGAGGUCAAAGUGGAGGCCGUCCCCAACUGCAAGUCGGAGGAGGAGACGUCACCCCUGGUGACACACCCAAACCCCACCGGCCUUGCGGCCAGCACCCCCGAGUCCAAGGAGUCAGUUCUGUGAUGGGGCUGGGCUUCCAGCUUGCCUGCCGGGGAUGCCCGCCCCAUCGGUCCGGUCGGCGGACCCGGGCACCGCCUUCACUGACUUUUAGCCUCCCGUGCAAUGCUUUGGCCCAGUCACCGGUUUGAGGGUUACUUCUCAGCACAGGCAUUGGGCUUCCCAGCGGGAACUGGUUCCCAAGGACCAGGACACUCUGCCAUUUGGCUUACCAUGUCUAGGUGCAACUGUGUACACCCCAGCUCUGUUUGGAAACACACCCUUGAGCUGCCGGGCGCGGGGCAUAACAGGCUCACAGGACCUGGUGGUUAAAGCUUGGAAAAUGCACAUGUUACUUCAUUGCACCCAGGAAGGCUCAGCAUUGGGUGCUUUCCGGGCAGACCUGGACGGGUGGCAGUCAUCUGUCGCAUUGCCUUGUGAGCCAUAGUAAUUGGAAAAAUUCCCAAAUUCAUAGCCGUGGCUGGAAUUCGUUGAGCUGGGCCUCAGGUGUUGAGAGUCUACAAAUCUGCGUGACUGGCUUCUGGGUCACUAGGCUGGAGGCGCUGCACGUCGUCGAGUUAGAAAUACUCCAUGGUGUUAGCACUGCUAGGGUCUCUGGUCAGUGGCACUAAGUAAACAGUUACAUUCUGAAGUCCAAGAAAGGAGGGGGAGUACAGGCUGCAGGGGGAAGGGAAGCAGCCUGAUCAGGCCAGGACACACACACACACACACACACACACACACACACACACGCACACUAAUGUCCCCAUUCUGGCCCCAGCCCUGGGGAGGUUUUCUGCUUUCAUGACCUGGGCCUGUGUCAACACUGUGGCUCUAUACCCAUCCACUCUGAUUUGGCAACAGGCCAGAGAGGGGCCCCCACCUCUGGGGAGGUGUGGUGUGGUCAUCACAUUCAGGACCCUGGCUGGUCUAGCAAUAGAUUUUAAUCCAACUAGACCCUCCCUAAAAUGCUGCAUUGCAGCAAAAACAAAUAUUUAAAAAGCCCACAAACCCACCCCUUCAUUGGAGUGAGGUACCCCUGUUCCCAGAUGCCCUAGCUUUGGCUGAUUUCCAUAGACUUGGUUUCCCUUCCCUCCAGGACAUCAAAGUUUAAAAUUAUAAGCUAAAUGGUCCACCUGAUACUUAAUGACUUGAGCUGAACCUAGGGGAGGGGGCUUUACGGAGAGAACAAGCAUUGCCCGGGACAGGGAAGGAAAACCUAAAAGGCACUAGACUGCUAUUUCUCUGUGGCUGUUGGUGUGUAUCUGUGGGGUAACCUGCAGCAAGUCCUGGAGCCUCACUUUACCCCAUUAGUACAAUGGGGCUGAUGUCAUCUGCCUCUUACCUACCUCAGAGGGAUUUGGUGAGGCAAACUGAGUGAAUCCGCGAAAAACGACCAUUUCGCAUUUUGCUUCUUGGAUAUCAAGUGCUAACACCCUUGGACCCUCCUUACUGUUACCUAAGUGAUACCUAAGUUCUCCAGGAGGCUCCUUCUUCUGGGGAGGACAGCUUUUAUGAGCAGGGCUUUGUUCUGUGUGCAGGAGCAACUUUUAUCACGUCACUUGUUCUCUUAGUAGUUUCUUGUUAGCAUCAAAUGCAGCCUCUUCCUGAUGUCCUUCAUCUUUUUGUGAAUUAACUACCCCACCUCCCAGCACACUUCUGGGUACCUGACCUCCCUGUGACUCCCAGACCCAGGCACCAUUUCUGCCACCGCACACUGGCCAUUAAAACUCCCAAACGUUCAGCCUCACUCAUUCCCUU